AAAAUGGCGUCCAUCGUCUCCGACGGGAAAAAUUUAGUUGGCGAUGCUUUGGCCCUACAUGAAAUGUUCCGCAUUAUCGGAGAUCAGCUUACACCCGACGACAUUAAAGCUUUAACAUUUAUCUACGGAGGUCUCUACCAUGCGAACGAUUUCUUUCUCCAGGCCAAAGAUGGCUACAGUUUUCUGUUGAGCCUGGAGAGGCUGGGAAGAAUUGACGAAUCGAAUUUCAAGCAUAUUUUAGAACUUUUGCGAAUAUUAACCAGACAGGAUCUCGUUCAACACUUAACGCUCAGGAGGAGAAAGACUGUUGAGCCGGACCCAGUAGAUGAAUACCUGGAAGACAGCACAUCCCGGCUACCAACCUCCCGGAAGCGUGUGGGUUGUGCCUCAUGCCUCAGCGUCUCCAGACACACUGACCAGCCUGAUGCAGCAGGUGCAGCCAAGAGGAGGAGGAGGAGGAACAGUGCCAGGAAGUGUGAGAGGGUGGAGCCGCCAUGUGCUUCCCCACAGGAGGUGGAGCAGAGGCAAGGAGGAGAAGAAGAGGAGGAAGAGAUAAAGAAGAAAGUAACCUGUGAUAUCCGUCUGCGUGUCAGAGCGGAAUACUGCCAACAUGAGAAUGCCUUAGAUGGGAAUGUGUUUUCAAAUAAACCGGAGCUUAUCGAGAGACAGUUUGAAAAGUUUGCUCAAGCUAACACGAUACUGAAAUCCCGAGAUUUGGGAUCAAUCAUUUGUGACAUUAAGUUCUCUGAACUCACGUACCUGGACGCGUUCUGGAGAGACUACAUCAAUGGCUCCUUGCUAGAGGCCCUCAAGGGAGUCUUCAUCACAGAGUCCCUGAAGCAGGCAGUUGGUCACGAGGCUAUUAAGCUGCUGGUGAACGUGGAUGAGGAUGAUUACGAGGCGGGACGGCUGAAACUGUUACAGAACCUGUCAGAAUAGGGAGGACUUCACCCCCAUCCUCCUGGUAGACUGGAGGACAGCUCACUCACUCACUCACUCUCAAACCUUUGUCAGCUCUUGUUGGAGUCAGUGGGAUGUUUGUUUAAACGCCACACAUAUUGGGGACUCAUUGCACUUAGGUUCAGUGUUGAACUAAGUAAGGUUCAGUGUUGAACCAAGUAAGGUUCAGUGUUGAACCAAGUUAGGUUCAGUGUUGAACCAAGUUAGGUUCAGUGUUGAACUAAGUUAGGUUCAGUGUUGACGUGGGAGACUUGAAAUCCUCAAUAAUAUCCUUCAUUCUGUUCCUGAAGUUGUAGUCAGUAGUUUCUCCAUGUUUAUCACAACAUUUAUUCCUUAUUUGUGUUUGAAAUUAAGUAUGGAUUUCAACAUGUCUUUGUCAUCACCUUGUAUUUAAAAUUGAAUGAUUUGGGGGAUUCCAUGAUUUAACACUAUAGCUGUUCAAGUUGAAGGACCCUCCGGCAGCCCUUACUGUUUUACACUGGCCAUCUAGGUUGCCUAGAUGAAUCUGGGGAUUUGUUGAGAAAAAUCCUCAGCCUUAGUGCAGCACUGUUACCAUGGUUACACCUUCUUGUUUUACGUGGGGGAUGAGGACAUUAAUUUGUACAUGAUUAUCAUGAUGAUGAUAUGUUUAUUUUUUGAAUUUCCUAACUUGACAGUGAAGAAAACAUAAUUUGAAAUGUGUUCAAUUACGGUUUUCCUGAAGCUAGAGACAGACAGGUGAUGAAAUACUGUGUAUGUGCCGUCUUGAGUAGAUGACCUUGUCACCUUGGCCCCUAGAGUGCUCACAUUCGAUGUGAAACUGUUCAAUCUGAUCUUUUACUCCGAUUUGAUAACUCUCUGCGGACACCCUCACAGGACGAGUUGGCUGAAGUCAUCAGUAUAAAGGUUUCGAAGUCAAUUUCUUAUUCAGACAAACAUUUAUUUAUCUAUUUAUUUGCAUUAGGAACUCCCUGAUCAUAUUUGUUUUCAAGACAGACAUAUGAGGAUCAUAAAUAGUGUGGUUCUAUUUAUUUGCAUUAGGAACUCCCUGAUCAUAUCACAUGAGGUCUGUCUUGAAAAAAAAUAUGAUCAGGGAGUUCCUAAUGCAAAUAAAUAGAACCGCACUAUUAAUGUUGGGGAUAUUUAUACAUUCAGGAUCCUGUUGUUUCUGAGCUCCAUGGCAUCUACACCCAAAUGAUUGGCUCUAGGAACUUAGAAGGCGUGAUCUUCGCACAGAAAGGUAUCAUGUCGGAGUAAGAGAUCUAAUUUUAGCAAGAGUGUAACUAUUCUGUAUGGUAGGUCUAUCAUCGGUUCCUCUUGGGAUUGUUCUUCAGCCUCCAAGUUUCUGUCUCCAGUAGUGCUGUUGCUUCCAGAUGGUUUUACCAAGCAGAGGUUUAUCUGGACCUGCAGGGAGUUGGGGGUAGUCUUGUGGUUACAGCGUUAGCUCGUCACGCCGAAGACCUGGGUUUGAUUCCCCACAUGGGUACAAUGUGAGAAGCCCAUUUCUGGUGUCCCCAGCAGUGGUAUUGCUGGAAUAUUGCUA